GCUUAGAUGCUGCGCUACGUCAUCAUCAAUCGACAAACAGAGUGAUUCAACUUCAGCGUGCGCUUGCAUUCAGGAGAAAUAUAAAUAUAUUAUACGUAUUAAAAAGAACAGGAGGCAUAAAUACAGAAGUAUUUUUUUUAGAUCAUGAGCUUUCGAUAUUGUUUAUUUUUACUGAGACCAAGAAUACAGCGAUCAUGUGCAGAGCGACGUCUGUCUUUGCUUAACACAUCAUCAUGUAAAGCUGGAGGUAAACACAUGCAGGAAAAGAAAAUGACUCCAAGGAACUUAUUUCCCCCGGAUCAGUUUGUACUACAGUCUGCUGUUUCACAGAACGGAGGCAGGUUUGUUUUUUACAGGACCUUUGCAACUUCUGUGUGUAGGACUGAAGCCAUUGGACAGGUGCAGUCAACCCACUAUCAUCUGGUGUACACCUGCAAAGUGUGCUCCACUCGCUCAAUGAAGAAAAUAUCUAAGCUGGCCUAUCACAAGGGUGUUGUCAUAGUAACGUGUCCAGGAUGUAACAACCAUCACGUCAUUGCUGAUAAUCUGAACUGGUUCUCUGACCUAGAGGGCAAAAGGAACAUAGAGGAAAUCCUGGCAGCUAAAGGCGAAUCUGUGAAAAGAGUUCUGGGGAACGAAGCCCUAGAAAUUGUUGCUGAGGAAUCAAUAAAAGAAGCCACAAGCAACAGUUCAGAUGAAGAGAAACCACAACAUCUGAGUGAUGGAUCAGACAAAACAUGACCUGAAACCUUUGGACAAUACUUUUUAAAGCUACCAGUUUAGAGUAUUCAAGCGUGGUAAAAGCUGAUCAUUGUAUUAUAUGGUUAUAUAUUUCAUAAUAAAACUGAAUAAACAAAAGCUUAACAUUU